AUGAUCUUUCUGCUUCACUCGUUCGCUUUUUGUGGUAUAGUUGAUUGCUUCAUGAUUAAAGAUCUCGAGACCUUUAUCGAGAAAUUCUCGCUGUUCAUAUCGGUGGCUGGUGUUUGCUGCAAAGUGAUGAAUUUGGUGCUACGUCGUGACAAGAUCAUAGGUCUCACCGACAUGCUGCUGAAGGACAUGUGUGUCCCCAAAGACAAUCACGAAGCGGACAUCCAGCGACGAUUCGAUCGGAGCGCCAAGACAAUUACAAUCUACUGUGAGAUACUGAACGAAUCGGCCGUUUUCUUCGCAACAGUCGCCCAGCUCCGGCACUUCGUUAACACCCGGACGCUGCCGCUUUCCGAUUGGGUGCCAUACGAUAUCUCAUCAACUCCCGUUUACUGGGCUACUGUGUUGCAUCAGACAAUCGGGUUGAUGGUCUGCGCGAACGCCAGCGUUGCCCACGAGACUCUCAUUUCUGGUUUUAUGAUUCAGGCCUGUGCCCAGCUGGACAUACUUUGUCAUCGCGCUCGCACACUUCCGGAGUCAUUGCAAGAGAUCCGGAAACACAGUACCUCAGGGCAAGACUUGAAGGCGCGGGAGCAGCAACUCGUCCGUGAGCUCGUUCAUCAUCAUCGCUAUGUGUAUAGAUUCGCGAAACGUAUCAAUACGGUGUUUACGCUGAUGAUUUUCAUACAGUUCACUAUAAGCUCGACGGUACUCUGUUUGAGCAUCUACAAGAUGUCGACGAAGAGCUUACUGAGCCUCGAAUUCGCGUGGAGUUUGUCGUAUCUCGGCUGUAUGCUUAUGCAAAUCUAUUUAUACUGCUGGUUUGGCAACGAGGUUACGUUGAAGAGCGCUGAAGUCAGCAGUGCCAUUUACGAGAUGGACUGGCCGAUGCUUUCCACCGAUUUAAUGAAAACUCUUUUGAUAAUAAUUGUGCGAUCUAAGAAACCUAUUAUUAUAACAAGCGGUCAGAUUGUCACUUUAUCCAACGACUCGUUCAUGAAGAUUAUUAGAAUAUCUUAUUCGGCGUACAAUGUUCUGAAGAGCUCUUAG